AUGGGUGAUAUUGCUGUUGAUAUUUUUUUGGAAACCUUGAAACAGCUUAUAAUGAACUCCAAUCUUGUUUUAAUCAUAUGCGAGAAACAUCAACUUCAAUCUCUUGAGAUGGAGAUAAAGUACCUGAGAGAGUUCCUCAAAGUUACGGAGAAGAAACGCAACGAGCAUAUAGAAGUGAUGAAUCUAGUGAAGCAGAUCAGAGACGUGGUACUUGAAUCAGAGAAAACCAUAGAAUUGUUUGUAAGUCGUGCUUGCAAGCAGGAUGAUCUUUCCCUAGACCUUGAAAGUAUCAAAAAGGAGAUCAAGACUCUCACGGGUAAGGUGAAGCAGAUGUACGACGAGAAUAUGUAUGACAUUGACGGAACAACAGUCAAAAAACUCAAGCACUCUUUUACCGGAUCAAGUGGAUCAGGAGGGUCAAGUUCAUCAAGAGGGAGAAACACAUCCAAAGCAGUAGAAGAGAAGGCGCUGGUCGGUUUCAAGAAUGAGGUAGAAACAUUAAUGGGAAAGCUUCAUGAUAGUGGAGAAGGUAGACAACUGGAGAUUAUAUCAAUCAUCGGCGUUGGUGGAGGCGGCAAAACCACAUUGGCUAGAGAAGUGUAUGAUCAUCCUUUGACGUUGCAUAAGUUUGAAAUUCGUGCAUGGGCUAAUAUUUCUCAAGACUAUCACAAGACCAUGAAGAAGGAUUUGUUGAUUAGUAUUCUAGAAUCAGCUCCCCCAGGAAAACAAGAAGGUUACGGUGAGUGGGGAGAAAAGGUAUAUAAAUGCUUGCAGGGUACAAAAUAUCUCAUUGUCAUGGAUGAUAUAUGGGACAUUGAGGCUUGGAAUGAUAUCCAAAGAUCAUUCCCUAGGGAAUGCAAGGGGAGUAAAGUGUUGUUAACUAGUCGAUUACAUGUUCAACCAGAUAGCAUCCCCUACGUCUCUCAUUUUUUGGAUCCCUUACCAAAAAGUUGCAGUUGGGAGUUAUUACAAAAGAAGGUAUUCGGAAAGAAACAAUGCCCACCGAAGUUGGUGGAUAUCGGUAACCAAAUCGCAGAAAAAUGUAAAGGACUACCACUCGCAGUUGUCGCAAUAGCUGGCAUUCUGGCAAUGGAAGAUAAGACACUUGACGUGUGGAAGAAAGUUGCCAAAAAUUUAUAUUCAAUCAUUGCCAAAAAUCAAGAGGGCUGCCUGGAGAUACUAGAACUUAGUUACAAUCACCUGCCUCUUCAUUUAAAAGCAUGUUUUCUUUACAUUGGAGGACACCCCGAAGAUUCUGAAAUACCCGUACGUGAGUUGAUUUGGUUAUGGAUUGCAGAGGGAUUUAUUCAGCAAAGUGAUGGGGGAAAAAGCUUGGAGGCCAUAGCACAAGAUUACUUGAUCGGUCUUAUUGAUAGAAAUCUCGUAAUGGUAGCUACGAAAAGUAAAUCCCAUGGAAGAAUUAAAGCAUGCCGUAUCCAUGAUCUUCUGCGUGAAUUAUGCUUGAAAAAAGCAGAGGAGGAUAAUUUUCUUGUGCAAAAUUAUAGGGAUGAUUCUUUUUCACCUUCCACUACAAAUAAGCAUCGUCGCCUCUUUGUUGGCCGUAAGUUCUUUCGUAAGUUUCCCCCAAGGCCUCAUGCUCAAGACCUUCGAUCUUUUCUGUACCUCCCUUUGCCAAACUCCUCAUAUUCAUGGCUUGAACAAAAUCUGUCGUUCUUUGUUGAAAACUUCGAACUUCUCAGGGUGUUGCAUUUAAUCCCCAUUACAAGCCAAGGAGAAAUAGGAAUAGGUGAUCUAGUUCAUUUGAGAUACUUAGCACUUAAGUUACCAACAAUAGGGCUUUUCUGUGUACCGAAUUGUUUUCACUACCUCUCGAACCUAGAAACCCUUAACCUCCAAGUUUCAUGCCUGAACUGUAUUUCGUUGCCUCGGGAUAUAGUUAAGAUGGUUAAGUUGAGACAUCUAUAUACUAAAGAGGGGAUAUUCGGUUAUCAUCAUGUUUCUAAUUAUGAUGAAGAGAAGAGAAAUAUGUUGGAUAGCUUACAGACCUUGCACCAAAUGUGUACUUGUGAGCAUUGCCUGCGUUUUUUGGAAAGGACUCCCAAUCUAAGGAUGCUAGGACUUCGUGGACAUCGUAUUCUCCUUGCGGACCUAGAAUUCUUAAAAUGCCUUGAGAUACUCUAUUUCUACUCCAGAAGCAUUAAUGGGCUGAAGCUUCCUCCGACUCUUACGCGGCUAACUUUGAGGUCUACAUACUUGAAGUGGGAGGAGUUGUCAAUUAUCCUCCAAACCCUGCCGAGCCUUGAGGUUCUCAAAUUAUUAAGCGACGCCUGUGUGGGACCAGUUUGGAACACAAGUGAACUUGAGGAGGGGUUCUCUCAACUCAAGUACUUGAAGCUUGCAAAUCUAGAUAUGAAGGAGUGGAGUGCUUCCGAAGAUCAUUUUCCGAAACUUGAGGUCUUAGUGAUUAAGUGGUGCAAUUCUAUGCAACAGAUUCCGAUUGAUUUUGCUAAUCUAAACGAACUUCGUGAAAUUACGAUAACGUGGUCCUGUCGAUCUGCUGAGGAAUCGGCCAGGGAGAUUCAGGAAAAGCAAAGAAAUAGAAGAGGAGAUGAUGUUUGCCUAAAUAUUACCUUCCUGGGUAACAGCUGAGGUACUCCUAAUUAAUUACAGAAAAUCUUUUAUCAUGAAAGAAAAAAUCGACGUAGGUCUUGCUUGUUACUCCUAUUUGCAUAUGGUAGAAGCCAAAUCAACUGCUCGGCCGCCUCUUUAGCUCAUCUCUUGUCAACGCUAGCAACUUGCAACAUAAUGAUGUCAUUCC